GGCUCCCCCCUCUCCACCUCCUCCUCCUCCUCUAGUUCCCUCACCCCAUUCACCCCCCCACCCCGAAGCCUUUCCCGAGACGUCCUCCCCGCCGCCGCCGCUGCCCACAUGGAGGCGGACUUCUCGGACAACGGAGCGGAGUACGAGGAGGGCGAGGAGGCGCCCAGCCCGAGUGAUGGAGGGGCCACCCCUGUGCAGGACGAGCGAGACUUCGGCUCUGACAGCGACGGAGAACAACCUGAAGGGCAGCCGUACAAGCGCUCGGCGCCGGGGCCCGGCUCCGAGUCCGGCGAGGAGGAGGGCGAGGACCGCGACGACGACGACGCCGACGACGGUGACGACGCGGGACAAGCUCUGAGCAGGAGCCACAGUGAUGAGGGGGAGCGGUCGGACGACAGGGGAAAGGUGUACGAGGAAGGCGACAGGGAGAGCGUGGACGGCGAUCGCGACAGCCCGGAGGUCGACCGCGACAGCGGCGAUGAGGCGGAGGAGCUGGAAAACGAGGAGCGAGAGGAGGGCGAACGCACUGACUCGGAGAGCGAGGCCGAGGGGGCAGGCGGGCGCCCACGGCCGUACAAGGGGGCCGCCGAGCAGAGAGAGGCGGUGGCGGCUGACAGCGACCGUGAAAGCCGAUCCAGCGGAGAGGAGGUCGUUCAACGGCGGAGCGACGAGGAAGAAGAGGACGCACACGAGGAGGACGCACACGAGGAGGACGCACACGAGGAGGAGGGCAGGACUGCUGAAAAGAGAAAAGCCGACGCGGGCAGUGAAGAUGAGGAAGGAGAGGUGGACAAAUCACCAGCGGUGAAGAGAAGCCGCGUUGUUUCGGACAACGAGGAGGAAGACUCUGACAGGGAGUUUGAACCGAAGAGACCAGAACCUGUGGCCGAAUCGGGCUCGGGGAGCGAAGAUGAGGCCCCGAGGAGCUCCCCUCCUCCGGCAAAGCGCGGCCAGUUGAUCUCCGACGACGAGGACGAGGCGGAGCCCGCCGAGACGAGAAACGACGACGAUCACCUCGAAGCGGAUCGCGACGGAGACGACUCGGGAGUUGAGGAGGGUGGUGCGGCGGUCCCAGCGACGGUCGCGGCGACGGCGGCAGCAGCGGCGGUGAAACGACGUCGAGGCUCCGACUCCGAGAGCGAUGCCGGUGACGGCGAGGACGGUGGUGGGGAAGAGGCAGAGGGAAAGCCAGCCGCUCGGAGAGCUCGCGUCGUAUCGGACAGCGACGACGACGAAGCGGAGCGGAAGGAUGAGCGGCGGGUAGAACAGGAGGCGCCUGCGAGGAAAGCAAUUGUCUCGGACAGUGAGGAUGACGAGGAUGGGGAGGGGCGGCAGGAGAAGGAGCCACCGGCUAAGAAGGCCAUCCUCUCUGACAGCGAGGAGGAGGAGGAUGAGAGGCAGGCCGAGCGGGAGAUGCCGGCGAGGAAACCCAAAGUGAUGGACUCGGACUCGGAGAGCGGCAGCGACGACCCAGUCAAGGGCGACGACGAGAAAACCAAGACGAAGGAGAAGCAGAUAUUUGGCAGCGACAGCGACUCUGCAGAUGAGGCGGGCGUGGGCAUCCUGAUUGCCGACAUCUUUGGGGAUUCCGACAAUGAGGAAGAGGAGUUUACGGGUUUCGGACAGGAGGAGCUGGAGAAGGAGACAUCUGCUUUGGGCAAAGAUCCCUCCGGUGACAAAGACAAGGAGUCGGAGUCAGACUCGGAUGAAGGAGUGCGGAGGGGCAAUGAUAUGGAGUUCAUCUCGGACUUCGACAUGAUGCUCCAGCGCAAGCGCGAGUUGAAUCGCAAGCAGCGGCGUGGCCACCGCGAUGGCGGCACCUUCAUCAGCGACGCCGACGACCUCAUCAGCGCCAUGAUCACGCGCAUGAACGAGGCCGCGGAGGAAGACAAGAAGCUCAAUACGGAGAGGAAGCCUGCCUUGAAAAAGAUGGUCAUGCUGCCCACUGUCAUUAAACACCUCCGCAAGCAGGACCUGGUGGAGUCGUUCAUCGACAGCGGGAUCCUGUCGGCCAUCCGGGACUGGCUGUGCCCUCUGCCCGACAAGAGCCUGCCCAACCUGAAGAUCCGCGAGGAGCUGCUCAAGGUCCUGCAGGACCUGCCCAGCGUGCCCCAGGAGACGCUCAAGUCGAGUGGCAUCGGCCGCUCGGUCAUGUACCUGUACAAGCACCCGAAGGAGACGCGGCAAAACAAAGACCUGGCCGGCAAGCUCAUCAACGAAUGGUCGCGUCCCAUCUUCGGCCUCACCUCCAACUACAAGGGCAUGUCCCGCGAGGAGCGCGAGCAGCGGGACCUUGAGCAGAUGCCUCACAGACGGCGGCUCAGUACCGGCGGCCAGACUCCCCGCAGAGAUCUGGACAAAGUCCUGACUGGAGAGGAAAAGGCGCUGAGGCCGGGCGACCCGGGGUUCUGCUCGCGAGCACGCGUCCCAAUGCCGUCCAACCGCGACUACGUGAUCCGGCCCAAGUGGAACGUCGAGGUCGAAUCCAACCGGGGGUCUGUCAAGAAGGGCAUCAACCGCGUGGAAAAGCAGAUGAAGAAGUUUGCCGACAAACGGAGGAGCACCAAGGGGAUCCGUGCCGUCAAGAUCAGCGUCGAGGGGAACCACAUGCCCCUCUAGCCGGAGUGCGCAACUCGCACACACGCACACACACACACGAGCCCGCGUGAUAGCUCCCAGCUCUCCUCCCGAGAGAGUGCACACCGUAGACAAGCAAGUGCCCGGCCCCAUGAUUUGGAUAUAAAAAGAAAUAUCAAAUCUCUUGUGUGUUUAUUUUAUGCAUAAUCAUGUCGCGGCUCUCGCGUACCCCAUUCGCCCCUUGCGCGACGCUCCUCCGAUCCCUAGGCAUGAGGUUUAUUAGCGAGGCGGCUCGGUCUGUUUGUGUCAUCCGGCCUUGGGGAGAAGCCGUUGGCAAGUGCCUUCUCCCCGCUACCUUCUAUCGUCCGGAGGUUAGUUCAUCGGUUGAGUUUCAUUCGUCUGUUGGGUGUGUUGGGACGACACCGCUAAACCGCUUAUUCCGUUAACCCCCUACUUUGCUCCCACGUGUGUUGUGUUUUUUAUAGCAAGUUUAUUAUUCUCGGCAGCACACUUUUAAAAGCAGUUGGGGGCAGUGGCGUUUCGGAAUAUUUAUUUACACUGGAGGGAUCUGAUGAACUAUGAAGCUCAUUUUCACAGAUGUCCAAGUGUGUGGCAUUUGCAGUUGGAACACCAGGUGAUUGUUAUGCAGUUUGUAGGAAUGUUCGAGAAACGUAGAUAGCAAUAAUUUCUGAGCUACUUGGUUGACACAGGGUGAAGGGAGCGAUCGGCAUUCCCUUUUGUAAAUUAGCUGGAACUUAGCAUCACUCUGCAUGGGGUGCCACGGUGGCGAGAUGUUAACUCCCUCGCCUGGUAUGCAGGAAGUUGUGGGUUCGAUCCUGACCCUGGCUUCUGUAUAUUUGGAGUUUGUUCUUCCCGUGGUCACGUGGAUUUCUGGGAACUCUGGUUUUUCUCUCCACAUUUAAGAAACAUGGGUUUAAGAGUAUUUGGCUGCUACAAAUUUCAAUCAUUUGUGGCCAGGUCGCUUCUGAAAAAGAGCCACAUAGCUCAAGUCGGCCUUUACCUGGUAAAAUUAAAUAAAACAUUGUUUAUUUGGGUAUGCCCAGCCCCAUGGCGUUUUGAUACUCCCAUCAUUUACAGAAACUCAAGGCAGGUGCUUGGUUCCAACGUUAACCCUCGCUAUCGCAGCUCCGUAGACCACGGACACGACCGUCGUGACGGCUUCACCUUAUCACGUUUGCAACGCUGUGGUGCACGUCGAUUGUAACAACUCCGUUACCAGGUUGCGUUGAACGGAGAAGCGUGCGUUCUCGUGGGCAGUGCUGCUUGCCGCCUCUUCUUUGUUGUACCCUGCCACCAGUCCGCCCACGGUUGGACGGCACAAGGGGGGUGAGGCGGGGGGCACUUGCCCAGGGCCCGGCAAAAGAGGGCUCUGAUUGGUUAAUUGGGGCCGGGGGGGGGGGCGGUGGUCCCGCGUCGUAUUCUAACCGCCGGGCCUCUACGAACCUCUGUGGCCCUGAUUGGUCUUCCGGAGUCGGUGGGCAGGGUCAACAAACUCUCGAUUCCGGUGACCCGCACACAAUUCCAGAGCGUUUGGUUUUUAAUUUAUGCAGGAACUACCUAAGAAGGAACUCGGAGCCUCGUCGAUAGAUCUCUCAUUGCAAGCAAAAAUAGAGGAGACUUCUACCUUUUUUGGGCUGUUUUAAGUUUAGUGUUUUUUCUGCAUCGUGUGAGUUGUGCUGUAUUUAGCAAAGCCGUGCUGCUGUUGCUUUAAAACAACUUUCCAUGGUAAUCGAUGACUUGGCUUGAACCGUCGAUUCCUCCUUGACAGCUCGGUGGCUGAUGAGGGCUGAUAUAUAUUGCCGGUUGCAUAAACUACAAGCACUAACAGUUCCCUUAGUGUUCUGAUUCGGUGGAACUUAAUCUAACGGUAAUAUACAGUGAGAUUGGCACUAUUUGGGCACGUGUGUGUGUGUGAUGGACAACAACACGAAAAUUAAAACUCGUGAUGUUCGGGGGAAUAAAGGAAGGAACCGGAAAGAGAGGAAGACCUCGCAGAGAAUGGCUUGAGAAUGACGACAUCGUCAGAGAUUGGUGCCAGGAAGAUGUGGCCACGACUUGAGCAUGUUGGCACUACAAAUCAGAGGAGAGUGGAAACAAAUGACGAAAUGUGCAGUGGACACCUACGGGAAAUCUGUUCAUGGAUCGUGAUGAUGAUGAAUAUACAGCCCCUUUGGCAAUACGCUGUUUGAUGGACACUUACCGUGGCGGGGGGGGGGGGGGGUGACCAUACUUCACCACGCUGGUCAUUACGGGUAUGUUCCCAAGACCCGGUUCAGAUUCCACCCGCCACCACUGGAUGUUUGUCGUGGCCAGGAAUUGAAUUUGGGUUUCCGAGUUGGCAGCGCAGUGCUUGAACCACCGUCCCACUGCUCUGCUCCGCAGUUCAAAGGGCAAAAGUCAUGUGAGGUGCUGUGUGUAACUGGCCGCUGGGAAUUGUGUGCGCCUUGGCUCUCGGUCGCCUCCCGUCAAAACAUUCGGCGCGAGUGAACUUUUUAUCUUAUUGAUGUGUAAUAAUAACAUUUUUGUAAUAUGUAUUAAGUGUUUGGAAAUUAUUUUGUAUGUGUGUGUGUGCCAGUUUAUGUAGUAGCCAUUGGAUUUGCUCUGUCAGUUCAAGGCUUAAUCUUUCACUGAAUCCUGUCCGUGUCGCUGGGGGUGCCACGGUGGCGAGAUGUUAACUACCUUGCCUGGUAUACAGGAGGUCGUUAGGUGGAUCUCGAUCCUGACGCCUGUAUAUUUGGAGUUUGCAUGUUCUCCCUGUGCUCGCCUGGAUUUUUCUCUGGGUCCUUCGGUUUUCCCCUCCACAUUUAGAAUCGACGUGCGUUUAGAGUAUUUGGAUACUAAACAUGUACACAUGAUAAGCCACUUGGUUGAGCUAUAAUUUGUGGCCAGGUCGCUUCUGAAAAAGAGCUAUAUAGCUCAGUGGGCCUCACCUGGUGAAAUACAUUUUUUUUUUAGAUUAGAUUGGAAUAAUAGGUGGCACCAGAAUAGUGGCCGCGACGUUCCAUAGCGAGAGGUAUGGUGGAUGUGAUGAGCUGGGUGUGGAAAGAUUUUCCAGCUCGUUGACCCGGAUAGACCCAGCUGGAAUUGAGCCCUUUGUAAGACUAACCUUUAUGUUUCAAUAUUGGGAGUUAGGCUAGUUUGUUUUCUCCCGUUACAGCCAACGUGGCAUAAUAAGGACAGCCACACCGUGUACAGCCUCUGCUUAAUUCUUUCGAUUUCAUUUCUUACUCUGUUCCCUUCCACCAAGGCUGUCUUGGAAAAAAACUCUUCGUAAGUCUUCACUGGGUGUCGAAUCCAUUUUAGUUUUUGCUUUCACGUGACGUAUUAACCCCCCCCCCCCCCCAGUGGGGAGGAGCAGAGCUUUAAGCCAGCUCGACAACCCGAGCGAGAAGUUGCGCAGCUCAGUUGCGUGCAACUGAAUCGCUUGUACAUGGAACGUCUCUGCAACCGGUUGCUCAUGGUAGAGACGGACUCCACUUCCAAGUGGCGAUCUGCUCGGAUAAUUUUCAGCGACAUGACGUGACAAGUUUGAGCGCUGUGGUUAUGAUCCUGGAUAAUACGCUCUUUGACAGACUUCCCUUUUGUGUUUAGUUUGUUGUCCUUCCCCCACACCUCCGAUUUGCGCGGUUGUCCACGAACAGUGCGAAAGAAGUUCAACGUACGUUGCGCCAAAUACGCGCUGGAAUGUGGACAAAGCGGUUGCAGGCGGCGGCGGCUUUGCGCGAGUUUUGCGAGCGACUCUGUUGCGUGAUUCCGACGUGGGCCCUCCGAAAGGUCUUGGUGCAGUUUUUUGUUCAUAACGUGCGCGUUUUAGUCCAUCGAGUUUUAAUUAGUGCUUUGUAUGUCGGAUUACGUUUGUUUUUACGUUGUGUGGUUAUCCACCGCGACUCGUCGCUCAACCUGUGAUGCUGCCUACACCGUCGGUUCUCGACUCUCGCACCCAUCACCAGGCGGUGUCACGCAAGAGUAGCGGUGCGCUCACCCGGCGCUUUGCCGCUCGGCGGUGGUUCGGCUCCGCUCAUGGAAAUUCUGAGCACAGCUGGGACCGUGGGCAUAGUUACGUUUGUCUGUUGAACUUCUUUCGACCGUACGUACCCAACCGCGCUCAUCGGAGGUGCGGGCAUGGUUUUGAGUCGGCUCGCUUCAGCCGGAGCCAAGUCGCGACUAGGAAUCCAGGCCUUAAUAAGCAGUGAAUUGAUGAAUCCAUAUGCCCCUGUUUGCCACCUCCUAUCUUUACAAGAGCUUUCUUGACAAAUAAAUAAACAAAAAAAUUGCUCGAUUGGAAAA